AUGGAACUGUCAAGGCAGGAGUACCCUGCAUUGUUGACCUCGUUGCAGCCAAACCAGGCCACCGCCGUUCUCAAUGAUCGCAUUCGUCUCAUCAAUAAAGUCAAUACCGACAUUGCAGACUGGCUCCAGGAACGGAGACGCGUCGAGGAAUUAUACGUUCAAGGCCUGCGCAAACUGGCCAGAAGACCGCAGCUAGAUGGAGGUGCCGCGCUGGGCAUUUUUCAACUACCGUGGAAUCGCAUAACUUCCGCUACCGAAGCACUCGCAGCUUCUCAUGAAGUUCUCGCCGCGAAGAUCGAAGAAGACGUGGAAAGGCCGCUCAGAGAGUAUGGAUCGAGGAACCAAGAACUAAGUGCGAUGCCGACCAUCCAUUCCGAUCUGACACACCUGGCAAAAGGCUUGGAAGCCGCACAAAAGAAAUUGGAAAAGGCAAAGGAGAAAGGUGCCAAAGGAGCAGACAAGGUUGCGGCCGCUGUUGCUUCCGUAACCCAGGCCACUCAGCAGUGGGAGUCACAGGCGCCGUUUGUUUUUGAACAGCUUCAAGCCAUCGAUGAGAGCAGACUUAAUCACCUUCGAGAUGUGCUCACUCAGCUGCAGACUCAUGAGGUGGACCAAAUCGAGCGUAGUAGACAGACAGCAGAAAGUUGUUUGAAUGUGCUGCUUAAUAUACAGACGGAGGACGAAAUCAAGACUUUCGCCGCAAAAAUAAAUGGAGGCAGAGAACCAGUCCUGACACGAAACAGCUCGGUAGCUGCUGAACGUGUUACACCAGCUGCUAUUCCAAGCAGCGAGGACCUUCCACCUCCCCCGAGGUUUCAAGACGACGCUGCGAGCCAACACUCGAACCGAUCAGGCCGUGCUGCUCGCGUGCCUCCGCCAGUUCCCGAGCCCCGACAUACCCCAAGGAUGGGAGGUCUUCGUAGGUUAGGGACCGUCAUGAACCGACGAAAGAGCGUCGUUUUAGGCUCUGGCACCUCCAUUCCUACUGAGAAGAAGAGUCGACCAGGUUUUGGUUUCCGACGAGGAGACUCAAGUUCAAAUGUGCACACGCAACUUCCUUCUACUCCUCCGGGCCGGGACACUCCCAGCAUUGCUGGCGAGUCCAUAGGCAGCCCACCCCCUACUGCAUCUACUGCCAAUGAAUAUAUUCAAACCGAGGACACUACCACUAUUACUCCCAUCCCGGAAACAAAUGAAACCGCUGCAACCACGAAUGGAUUGGCAUCCAAUCACGCUGAUACAGCGGCAGCAAAUCAGAUCCAUGUGGACUCCGAGGGAUAUUCGGAGAGACCGCAAUUGGUUGAUGACAUCACUCAAGCUCAGAGAGAAGCAUCAGGACUGGAGGACACCGGUCUCAACUUGACUAUUCGGGACCAGCCCAUUCAAGAAGACGAGACGCAAGCACAGCAGGCCUUGAAUGAAACGGCAAAUGCUCUUCGUAUGCAAGGGUUGCAGGUCGGACUCAGGAGAAAUGCGGGCACCAUCCGUGGCCGUCGCGAUGUCCGAAACACAGCUUUCAUAGCACCAUCCACAGCUGCGGAAAUACUGCCUCCAUCUUUAUUAAGCACUUCUGCAGCUACCUCACCUGGCGGACAACUUGAGUCUCCUGCUCCAAUAUCAGCAACUCCGUCUCACGAAGAUCGAGCAAUGUCAGAUACAACUUCGAUUCACUCAUCACACACCCUACACACUAUCGCAGGACCGGUUUCUCAUCCAGAACUUCACGAACCUGGCUUGAAUGCCUCCAUCAUCGAAACCGUAAGCAGUUGGUUUGAAAACAGUAAUGUGACGAAAUCAUUCGUUGUUGGUGAGCUAGCGUUGGCAUAUAAUGCCACACCAGGGUCAACGACUUCUGAACAUGUCGUCCGCUUGGAUAACUUUGUUUUGCUCGAGAAAGUCGCUGCCAACCCUCAUUUCGUUACAGAGGUUUCUAAGACUGAUGACGAAAAGCGAGGGGAAUACAAUGUUGCCGUGGAGAAAAUUGCUCGUGCCAUUCCAACAGUCGCUUUCAAAUACCAAGUCCAUAUUGCCCCGCCAGAUCUAGCAUCGUAUUCUCCGGUGUUGUUUAGGCCGGUGUGGAACAUUGAGGAGUUUCAGGCAAGUGUCAUAGUGUUUUAUUCCGUCAACCCGGCAUUCGUGGACAAACCCGCAACGGGUUCCCUACAUUUGAAGAAUGUCAUGAUCACGGUCAACUUAGACCUCAGUCCCGAGGACGAAACAACCAAGCAACCCCGGGAAGUGGUUCGUGCAACGGGGGCUGUCAUGUAUCCGAACACGGGUGCGCUGUUCCGUCGCAAGCACUCUGCGGUUGUUUGGAAAAUCCCCGAACUCGAAGUCCGGGUAGGAUCAGAAGAGAAGCUCCUGGCACGAUUCACGACGUCAGCAAGCUGGCCACGGAAGGGUAAAGUCGAAGCCAAGUUCGAGCACCAUACGACAGACUCAACGUCGCGCUUGGGUGUGAGUCUUGCCGAAACUGCAGGUCCGGGAACUACGGACCAGGCAGAGCGCGAUCCGUUUGCUGAUGAUGGCUCGAUACCUUCUCAAUCAGCAUCCAUUAGCACUUCCUGGAAGCCAGUUCAUACCUUGCGCAAGUUAGCCGCGGGGAAAUACGUUGCAUCUUGA